AUGCAUCACCUCUAUGUUAAUUUCCUCCUCGCUGCAACAGCAUUCGCUGCCACGCCAUCCUCGUUUGGACAAUGGGUAUCUGAAUUCCCCAUGUGUGCAUGGUCGUGCCUCGACAACUAUUUCAACGACCAGCUCGCCAGCAGAUGCGGCCCAAAUGCAAAGUUCAGCAUGAACGUGUCGGAUGUGGAAUGCAUCUGCACAGCGGAUAAUAGUAGCCUGCAGAUGAGCCAAUCGUCAAACGAGCUGACAGCGUGCUUGAGCAGCCAAUGUGCGGCGAGCCGAGAUGCGCGCGGGUUUCAGCAGGUGGUUAGUGAUAUAAUUCCAAUGUGUAUGUGGACGGCACAGGGCACACAUGCAGAUGCUGCGUCUCUAGAUGCGCCGUAUUUUGUUGUUGCUGCUGGUAUUGUCGUGUUUUCAGGGGUGGUACUAUGGUAG